CUUAUUUGCCUUGUCCACAAUCAAUCAAAAAGCUUGACUGGGAGGAGCACAUUAAACCGGCAUUUGAUCGUCUUGGGAUGAAAUUGAAUGUUAUUGGCAUUGAGACAAAUCCAAGGAUAGCUGACUGUAUUGUUGACAUACUUAAAAAUAGAAUUAGAGAUCAUCGUCAAUCAUUAAAGAAGUACUAUUUGAACUUUUCAAGCUAUGAAGAUGCAAAAAGGAAGAAACCCAAUGAGUUUAUUACUCAAGAGAAUUGGGAGGAUUUAUGUGAUUAUUGGAACAAUGAUAAAACUAAGGAAAAGGCUGAAAAAGCAAAAGUUAGUAGAUCAUAUAUGAAGACACCUCACAAUCAAGGAUCCAAAUCCUUCGUUGUUGUUCGUCAUGAGCUUAUGAGGAAAGAUGAUGAAACCGGAGAGCAACAUGAGUGUCAUAGGAUUGAAUUGUACAAAAGCACACACUAUAAAGAAGGAAAAAGGAUGGACUUCACCGGAAGCAAAUGCUAAUUAUUGUGCAAUGCAACAAAAGUUACAAAAGGCAAUUGAUGAAAAUCAAGAUGUUGAUGUUGACAAAAUUUGUGAUGAGGUUCUAGGCAAUCGAUCCGGUUAUGUUAAGGGAUUAG